AGCGUAGAGUGGUGCAUGUAGCUGUGUGUAAACUACGGUUUUUAGCUGCGUUGAUAGCUGUCAGUGUUCACAGUGCUUUGGGCUGCUGUGUUGCUCCAAACAGGCGUCGUUAAAUGCUUGAUAGUUUUACCGUUUUCCCGUGAAACAAAUGCACACAGUCGUGGGGUUAAACUGCUGCUGAGUUUCUGCUGCCUCAGCGGAUUAGCGCCAGCUAAGCCUGUCUAUGAGAACGCUGUUGGGUGAAAAGUUGAAUUUGGGAAGAUUUUAAACUGGCAGAAAGAUGCAGGUGAGAGACUGUCUGAUUUCUGCUCCCGGGAAAGCCAUCCUCCACGGGGAGCAUGCUGUUGUUCAUGGAAAGGUGGCUCUCGCUGUGAGUUUAAACCUGAGAACAUAUUUGCAGUUGAAAGGGAUUUCUGACGGCAAAGUGUCUAUUAACCUACCUAAUAUCGACACAUUCGUCUGUUGGGAGCUCUCUGAACUGAAGAAUCUGACGUCCUGUUUAAGCGAUAAAAAGGAAGAGGUACAACGUCUGGAUUCUGAACUGGUGAAAAGACUGCGUGAAUUUAUCGGGGUGACCAAUGGAAAUUUGGACAGCAGUACUACAGCCACCUUAGCCUUCCUUUAUAUCUACCUAUCCCUUUUUGGAUCUGGAGAGAUGCCCAGUCUGACGGUGUCUGUGUGGUCAGAGCUGCCGACCGGAGCAGGACUGGGCUCAAGCGCUGCCUACUCGGUGUGUUUAGCUGCAGCUCUGCUCUGUGCGAGUGGAAAGAUCCCCACACCGCUCAAAGAGUGGGAGCACACCGGCAGAUGGUGUCAGGAGGAUCUGGAGCUCAUCAACAGUUGGGCUUUCCAAGGGGAGAAGAUCAUCCAUGGCAAUCCGUCAGGAGUGGACAACGCUGUAGGAACAUGGGGUGGCAUGCUGAGGUUUUUAGCUGGAAAGAUAAUACCACUGAGCAGGGUGCCGUUGUUGAGAAUCCUCCUCACCAACACCAGAGUGCCGCGGAGCACCAAGGUACUUGUUGCCAGGGUGAAGGACAAAAUUAACAAGUUUCCUUCUAUCAUGAUGCCCGUGCUGGAUUCAGUUGACGCCGUUUCCUGCACCUGUGAGAAAGUCCUAACAGAGAUGACUUGUGAGCCCAUCACAGGGGAGCACUAUAACAUUUUAGAGGAGCUGAUUGACAUCAACCAGCAUCAUCUGAAUGUGAUGGGCGUAGGGCAUCCUUCUUUAGACACACUGUGCCAGGUUACAGCAGCCAGAGGGCUUCACAGCAAGCUUACAGGAGCAGGGGGAGGAGGCUGUGGCAUCACGCUCCUGAGACCAGAAACUGAUUCAACGACCGUCCAGGAGACGGUGAAGGACCUGAGGGACUGUGACUUUGACUGCUGGGAAACGAGUAUCGGUGGACCGGGUGUGCAGCAGCACUUCCCCUUCUCUGUUAAAGAGGAAAUUCUGGAGGUUUUAAAUCGGUACUGAGGCCGACCGGUGGCUGAAGAAGACUGAUUCAUAACACUGUGGGACCUUUGUUUGCUGGCUCAAAACCUGUGGUAUGCUGAACAUAUAAUGGCAACCAUAGCAAAAGAACAGAGACAUUGUUUACAACUGAUCUUCUUGACUGAAUUUUAUUGUUUUUGAUUUUUGAUUAUGUGUUUUUAACGGACUAAUCAACUGCGUCCUUCUGGACCCUGGAGCACAAACACAUGCAGUAAUACGUCUGUGCACUAGAUGGCAGCAGAGUGGCACAAAUGCGUAAAUCUAAUAUUUAAAUCAGAUUAUCUUAAAGAGAAUAAAUCAUCAAUUCUACAAUUUUGACUUGAUGUUAAAUGCUUGAUUUAGUGAAUGUGAUAAAGCAGUGGGAUUUAUUUUCAUGGAAAUAUAAGUUACAAAAAAGUUUGUAAAUCCAAAUGAAGGAAUUAUUCAGAAAAUUGAUGCAUGUCACAUUGAUCAUAUA